AUGGGAUAUUCUCGUAACACCGCGCUUGUUCUUGCGUUAUCCAUGGCAAUCCUACAUUUAUCUCAAUCGCAAGAAGAUUCAGGCAACAAACCAGACGACUACAUUAACGCCCAUAGUUGUAUCAGACGAGUAUUGGAAGUGCCUCCUUUGACAUGGGACGAUGAAUUGGCGAAAAACGCCCAAGCUUAUGCUGAUCAAAGGAAGGAUUGCAAAAUGAUACACUCGGAUAAGUGUGGUGAGAAUAUGGCGGCUGGACCAAGCCUCAAUGGUUCAUACGCGGUGCAAAUGUGGCUUGAUGAGAGACGCUACUAUGACUACGACGCAAACAAGUGCAAAGGCCAGAUGUGCGGGCAUUAUACACAAAUGGUCUGGAAAGACACCCAAAAAGUUGGAUGUGGUAGGACUAAGUGUGACGAUGGUUCUUGGAUCGUUGUUUGUAGAUAUGACCCACCCGGUAACAUUGCUGGAGAGAAGCCUUACUGAUUCUCAUUAGUUUACAAUGCAUGUUAAUUUAUUUGUUGUGCAGCGGAAUAAUCAAGCAUCGUUAGAGGCGUUGUCUAACGGGUUGGUUUCCUGUUAGUCAUGCUAUCGGGUGGAAGGCUAUAGUUGAUGUGCUAAUUCUUAGAUUGAUCGUAUGUGAGUAAUAAAUUGUGUCAUUUAGAUACGUCUUAGUUCAUUGUUUGUUUUUGCUUCUGUUUGAUACUAGUGGAACGGUAGAUAGUGCAUGUUUCUAUGA